AUCACAACUUCUUUUAUUGUAGCAAUGGAAAAAUUAACUGUUCCAAGUUGUGUUCAAUUUCAUGGGACUGGCAGUCUAACAACAGGUUCUGGCGAUCAACUCUAUAUCGAUAAAACAACGAAGAACUGGAGGAGAUGGGUUUAUCAUAAGCAACACAAAAAGAUACCGGACCUAUGUGUUGAUAAUUAUGGGAACAGAAGACUGAUUGAGAAAAUUGAAAGUACAGGAAUAGCAAUUUCAUCAGAUUACAAACAUCUGGCUGCUGAACAAUUUCAACAUGCCAUGAAAGAAGCGAGUAUUCAACUUGAAAACCCCAGAUCAGACAGCGCAGAUGCAUUGGACAGGCUUGGCAAAAUUUGUCUCAAAGCAAACCAAUGGGGAAAAGCAAUAACAUGUUUUGAAUAUUCACUUCAUAUGAGAAAACUAAUGUUCGGAGAAGACACAAUCCAUGAAAAAACAUUGCAGUCGUUAGUAUAUCUUGGCACUGCUUGGGCAGAAUAUGAAAAUAUUCACAGGUCGAUAAUAGUGUUUGAAAAAGCUCUAGAAAUGGCUAAAUCUUUGGCUAGAAAAGGUCCGGGACGAGAUGAAAGAGUCGCAGAGAUACUUCAUAAUUUAGGAUGCUGUUGGGAACGACUACAUGAGCAUCAUACUGCUCUUUCUUGUUACGAAAAAUCAGAGAAAAUAAGAAGAAGAAUCCUGACCCCAACUGUUUGUCAGCAACCUCGAGUAAACUUUAUUAAUUAGAAAACUUAUGGCCUCAUCAGAAUCGCUAUUGCUUUAUAUUGAUAACUGCCAAGCGUAAUUUUCCAACCACGUGAGGAAACAUACAAAUUUGAAGUUUUAAACGCUGUUUCAGAAUUGUCAUAUAUACGUAAGGCUUCGAAUCUGUAUUCACUGACCCCAUUAUACUUCACGGUUUUUCAAGAUAAUUAGCGAC